AUGCCAUCAAAAUCAUCACAAUGGUUAAAAGAAGCAGUAAAUAAUGGUUAUAUAGAAUUCAUUCCAUACGAAUCAUUUACAAAUCAUAAAGAGAUAGCUCGAGGAGCAUAUGGAGAGGUUACAAAAGCAUAUUGGUCAACGGCUGAGAAGACUGUUGCGUUAAAAUCUUUAUUCGAAAGUGCUGAAACUGAAAAUGAUAAGGGUUUUGACGAUUUUAUUAAAGAGUUGAUUCGAGCAGUUGAUUAUCAUGAUAAUGUUAUUCGAUUCUAUGGAAUUAGUCAAGAUUAUAGAAAAUUAUAUGAAUGGGCAUGGAAUCAAAAUCCGGAUGAUAGACCAAGUGUUGAUAUAAUUAGGGCGGAAUUGGAGAAGAUGUUAGAGAAGUAUAAUGGGAAUGCGAAUAACGUAAAGAAUACAUCGAAUUUUAUGCCACCAAAGUCACCAUCACUAUCAACAAUUCCUUAUAACCAACCAAAUAAUAAUGCUAACAAACGGUUUUCUCAUAAUAAUGUACCACCAACUUAUCAACAACCAGGAACAUUUAAUGCAAAUUUUGAUUAUAAUGCCAAUAUUAGUCGAACUAAUUCUGAUCCCAAUCUUAUUCAAAAUUAUUCUCCAUAUCCUCAACAAAAUCAGCAAAUUUAUCAACAAAUGCCACCAUAUGCUAAUAAUAAUAACACCGCUAUACGACCAUUACCUCCAAUACCUCAAUUCAGCAAUCAAGGAGGAGUGAUGGUUCAGCAACAAUAUCCAAAUAAUGCACCUAAUAUGAACCAUACUUUCUCGUCGCAAAAUCAUGUUUAUAAUAACGUUGAGAUGAAUUCUGGAAUGAAUAAUCCUAAUCAAUUUCAACAACCUCUGUACCACUCCGUGAAUGCCGGUCAAUCACAAAUGUACCAUCAACAUUCUAAUCAAAAUUUUAUGCCAACCAACUUUAAUAAUCAAAAUCAGCCAUCUACGGGGAAUGCUCAAACUAUGAUGACUACUUCCUCAAUAAAUACUUUCCCACAAUCGGUUCCUAACCCUGGCUAUCCCAUUGGGCAACAGGCACCUAUAAAUUAUCCACCUUAUCAACAAGGCGUACAACCAGGCGUACAACAAUCUGGUCCUUUCAUGCGCCGUCCGUCAUGUCAAAAAAUCAUAACAGAUUACAAACUUAACGAAUGUCACGCUGGCUACCAUGCAGAAUUAGGUGAUAUUGAAGGCAUAGAUUAUCACUUAUCCAAUGGUUAUGGUGGAGGUGUUAACGAUAUUUAUAAAGUUAAAGAUUUGAACGAUUACUUGUAUAUUAUAGUUGCUAGGUAUUGUGAUGAUAUUAAAAAAGUGGAAGAGAUUCUUUAUUUAUUAUUAAGACAUUAUAAUAAUUAUAAUAACCAGUUAAAAGAUCCUAGUAAACGACAUAAUCUCACAUGGACUUCGGCAACGGGUGGUAGGACAGUGUUGCAUUGUUUAGCUGCAAAUGAUAAUUUAAUACGUGGUAUAGAUAUUUCAAAAGAAGGUAAUGAAAAUGAUAAAAAGAAACGUGAUAGAUUUCAUUCUCAUAUUACGAAAAUUAUCGAAUUCUUAGUUAAUAAUGGAUGUGAUAUAAAUGCAAAGAAUGAUAAAGGACGAACUGUUUUAGGACUUUAUUUGAGUAAGAACUUUGCAAUAUUAGCAAGAGUUAUUGAAAUUUUAUUAAAAAAUGGUGCAGAUCCGAAUGUUGGUGUUACUGUUAAACAUGGUAGUCUUUCAAGGGGAUCGAGUUCGAAAAUCGAUAUAAAUAGUAUUCCAAAAAACAAAAAUAAUAAUGAAAAUACCAACAAUCCUAAAGAACCGGAUAAGCGAGAUCUCAAUUUUCCAAAUAUGUUAUUCUUGGCUAUUUGGUAUAGAUGUUUACCUGCCGUUCUUGAUUCAUUGAAAAACCAUAAUGUGGAUUUAGAUAAGGGACAUGAGAAUCUAAACGAAUUAAAUUUGUUAAAGAUGUGUUUACAAAAGUCACAAAGCGGAAGACCUAAACGAGUUGAUUACAGGGAAGGAUUGGAAUGGGUAUUAAAUAAUGUACCAAAAGUGUGCGGAAAGGCGAAUUUAGAAGAAGUUAAAAAACUUACGGAUAAGAAUACUAUAGAACGGAAGCUGAUCAAAGAAAAAAUUGGGAAAAGAAAAAAGAUAUUUGGUAUUGUUUAG